GAGAAGGUUACUAACGGAGGGAGCCAUUGCGGGUAAAGUAUAAGGUUCGAAGAGCUACGGUUCAUUGGAAAUUUACAUGGAUAUUCGUAGGUAUAACUAUGGAAAUGAAUCACAAGAAAGGGAAAAAUAGAAAGGUAUAUCAUCUAAAGAAGCAUAAAAAGUCAGAGAAUAGUAGGAGUUUUGAUCCAAGACCAACUAACAAAGAAGGGAAUGAUGAGAAGCCGGUUUUGUUCCAAUUGGGGAGCAUUGCUAGUUACGGGGUCAGUGAUGUUCGUCUCAAAACAGAUCCAGAGAUCACCUCCAGAAGAUCUGCAUCUCUUUCCUUGUCUCCAACCUCUUCAGGGGAUAUGCUUGAGAUCAAUGCAAAAGAAAGGAAAUCCAGCUUAUCUUUCGAUAGUAGUAGCAUACACAAUAAGGAGCUCUUAAGUCACUCUUCUAAAUUAUGCGAGUUACAAGGUUCAUCAGACACACCAGGGUCACAAGUAUCUGGUGUAACUUAUGCUUCAGUGGAGCCUACGCUUAUGUCUCCUUCUGUUCAAAUAAUGGAUAGAGAAGGAUCUGACCGAGCUCAGAGCAACUCGUCAGCGACCUUGGAGAAGAAUUUGAGCACCAUAUCAAAUGAUUCUCUUUUUAGUCUCAGCAUAGGUGAUAACACGAUAGCGAGAGAUGAGUUGUUCAGUUACCGAGAUUUCAAGUCUGGAGAGAUUACAAAAUCGGGAGAGCUGUUAUCGUUUUGCCCUACUAUUCAUGUUCCGGCUUAUUCUUCUGAUCUAGGCAAGAGCUUUGAUAUGGAGGAUAAAGCAAGUGAAGAAUGCGAGGAUAAGUCGUCAAACUCGAGUGCAUCGUGGAGGAACAUUGGAGAUUGCAAUAACUCAGACGAAGCACCAAGCAGCACACAAUCAUUUUCAUAUCCAAUAACGAAAAAGAAGAAGAAGAAGAAAAAGGCAGCAAAGAAGAAGACGACACAGCAGCAGCAACAGCAUAAGCAGAAGAAGAGGUGUUCUUGGCUGUGUUGCACGAACACUGGACCGUGCUUCUCCUGGUGCAGAUGGCCAAGUUGUGAUUACAGCCUCUCUUGCUGCAAACGGCUAAAAUGUUACUCGUGCUGCUGCAAAAGGUUAAAAUGUUGCUCAUGCUUCUCCUGGUGCAGAUGGCCAAGUUGUGAUUGCAGUUCUUCUUGUGGCUGGCUCUUCUGCUGUCAUUGGAGCUGUUGGAGUUGCUGUUGCUGUUCCAGUUCUUCGAAGAAGGUAGUUGAUGAUGAGAUGAUAACUAGAGGGAGUAAAGAGUCCAAAACAUCACACAAAUGGUUCUGUUGCUUUCCUUGUUGCUCUUCUUCCUCUUCGUAACUUUAGAUUAGAUUCUUUAUUCAAUUCUC